CCGCCCCUGUGCCCCACCGCCCAGGCCGCCGCCCCCCGCCCGCUCCGCCACCCCCGACGGGGAGGACCAUGGCGAAGGUGGAGCAGGUCCUGAGCCUCGAGCCACAGCACGAGCUCAAGUUCCGAGGUCCCUUCACUGAUGUCGUCACCACCAACCUAAAACUCGGCAACCCAACAGACCGAAAUGUGUGUUUUAAAGUGAAGACCACAGCACCACGCAGGUACUGUGUGCGGCCCAACAGUGGGGUCAUUGAUGCCGGGGCCUCUCUCAAUGUGUCUGUGAUGUUACAGCCUUUCGAUUAUGAUCCCAAUGAGAAAAGUAAACACAAGUUUAUGGUUCAGUCUAUGUUUGCUCCGCCCGACACUUCUGAUAUGGAGGCAGUAUGGAAGGAGGCAAAACCGGAAGACCUUAUGGAUUCAAAACUUAGAUGUGUGUUUGAAUUGCCAGCAGAAAACGCUAAACCACAUGAUGUAGAAAUAAAUAAAAUUAUACCUACAAGUGCAUCCAAGACAGAAGCACCGGCGGCCGCUAAGUCCCUGACAUCGCCCCUCGAUGACACGGAAGUAAAGAAGGUGAUGGAAGAGUGCAGGCGGCUGCAGGGGGAGGUGCAGAGGCUUCGGGAGGAGAGCAGGCAGCUCAAGGAAGAAGACGGGCUUCGGAUGAGGAAGGCACUGCCAAGUAACAGCCCCAUGGCAGCUCUGACUGCCACCGGGAAGGAAGAAGGCCUCAGCAGCAGGCUGCUAGCUCUGGUGGUUCUGUUCUUUAUCGUUGGUGUCAUUAUAGGGAAGAUUGCCUUGUAGAGGCCGCAUGCGAAGGAUGGCAGGUUGGAUUGAUGGAUCUACCACACCAUGGAAUUUAAAUUUAUCAUAACCAUGCGUAAAAAGAAAUUAAUGUAUGACGGCAUCUCACAGGUCUUGCCUUUAAAUACCCCUCCCCAUGCACACACAAAUGCACACACAAAUAUAGCAUAAUAUAAUGACCUUUUAGAAAGUUAAAAAUGUAUAGGGAAAGGACGGGGAAAGAAUGGUCUGUGGCUGAAGGACGCCGUGAUGAACCACAGUGGCAUCUUGUAGCUGUCCUGUUAAACUCGGGUCGGCCUUGGCACAUGCUGCUAGAUCACCUCUCUUAAAGCAAGAAGCUCUUCCUCACAGGUUGGGGCUGGCCCCUGGGAGGGGGAGUCCUACGAGGUGGGAUGUGCUGUCUUUUCUUACCCAGAGGGCUUCCUCAGGCCUGCUGUUCAGUCCAGGCAUUGUCUCCUCAGGCCUACAGAGCUGCAGGAGCCAGAGUGCGUUGUGCAGCGGCCCCAUCUUGUGCACCUGUAGGCUGUGUGGGAGAGGCAUGAGUGGACCGAUGGACCCAGCACGGGGAAAUCAGAGUCUGUGCUCUGCUCUCUUGAAGGGACCAAGCUCAAUUGCCAUUGGCUGGAGUAGUGAAACUGAGUUGUUAUCGGAGAUGGUUGAUGCAUAUUUAACCUAUUUCAUGUAUUUCAUCUCAUGUGUUCCUGCUGCCACCAGAGCACAGGCAGCGAGUGCUGCAGACCACCAGUGAGGAGCUGCUGUUGUGGGCUCUAUGGCUCUUGGCUCUGGAGGUCUGAGGGAUGGGGAGGGUGUGAGUCAGGAAGUGUUUUGUUGUAGGUCAGUAACAGCUGUCCAGAGGAGGGAUGCUCUGUGUAUUGACAGUCAGCUCUGGAUUACCCAGUCUUCUAGAUUGUCCUUCCCCACUCUCCCCUAACACUCAGCCUUCUAGAACAUAGGGCAGGUCUGACUUGCCCUUCUCAGGAUGAAUGAGUCAGGCUGCAGAGGGUGAAGGGCACAGAGGGGGUGGGGUGAGGGUGGGGGAGCCCCUCAGCAAAUCCAUCUGCUGGUGAUAAAGAGCCUUGACUGUGAAUUAAUUUCAUGCCAUAAAAGACCGAUCCAGUUCUGCUCAACUAUGUAGCAUCUUAAAGGAAGAGAUUAAAAUAAAGCCCCAAAUUAAGAGUC